UAAUAUUUAAAAUUAAAGGAUUUGUAUAAUUGCUGUUUCGAAAAUGACUGAGGUCGAUUAUCGGUAUAUAGCAUUUGAAAAUGAUCAUAUGUAUUGGAAAACUACCAAUAAUAGUAAUAAAAAUUGUCAAUUGUUGCAGACCAGCGUUUCUACAGUUAAACCCGAAUACGAUUCAGCUGUUUCUUUAGAAACUCAACCGACUAAAAAACAACAAAAUAAAAUUACACAAUGUGAAGACAAAUCAGAUAAACAAAAUUCAAGUGUAAUUUUUCUUCAUGAUACUUUAAAUUUUCCAAUAUCUACAGACUUUAAAUUAUCACAAAAUAAAUUACCUAUUCAAAAAAUUGAUAUCACUAACAAUUCAAGUACAAUUCCUGUACAAUCAAAACUAAUAAAUACUUCUAAUACUGUUCCUACUACACAAACACAAUCAAGUGCAAAACUUAUUUCAUCUCAAAUUAAUCUUAUAAAUACAAAGUUACAAAAUACAACAUCAAAAAACACAUCUGUGAAACCUACGUCACUCAUUAAAUCACAGUUAAAACCUUUUAUUAAACCUAUUAAGUCAAUUAAAAAUAAAAUUGUUUAUGAUUAUAAAAACAAUACAUAUACUAUUGAAUUAGCUACUAAUUUAUGUCAGCGUCUAUUGAGUGGAGAAAAUAUAUUUAUGUGUAGAAAAUGUGGUAACAUUUACACUGAACAUAAAGAUUUGUUAGAUCACUAUUUGACUCAUGUUAAAUGUAAAACAAACCUAAUAAUUCAAGAAAAAGAUAAAAGAAAGAUCAUACCAAAUGAUAAUGUAAAGAAAGAAAAUAAAGAUGUUGGUAAAAAAAUUAUUGAUAAUGAUAAAAAUAUUUUCAAACAAACUAUACCAGUUAUUAAAUCUACAUUAAAUUCAAAAAAAAAUAAAGUUAUUUUUCAAGGAGAGUGUAUUAUGUGUCAUUCAGUUUUUCCCGAUCUUGGAGAACAUAUAAGAACUGUUCACCUCGAUGAAUUGACUAGAAAUAAAGUUAAUAUUUACCGUUGUACAAUUUGUGGUAUGGAGUUUAAUAUUAAGCAGCAUUUACGGACCCAUGAGUUGUCUGCACAUAAAUCUGCUUGUACUCAUACUUGUGAACAUUGUCUUAAGUACUUUUUAUGUAAGGAAGACUUAGAAACACACAUUGAAUCUCAUUAUGGUGACAUUAUGAAGUAUUUAUGUCCAUAUUGUGAUGCUGGCUUUCCUAAUUCAAAUGGAUUAAGAACUCAUCUCAUUAAUCAUAUUGAUUUCAACAAUUCUGAGUACUCAGUUUCAGAAACACCAGUUAAUGAAAUGGAAUAUAGUCCUACAAGACCACCUGAACAAUAUGAUCACUUUUUUCCUGAAUUAGAUGAACACGACGAACACGUUGACGACGUUUAUAUUGAAGAAGUUGAUGAUAAUAGUUAUCAAGUUAGUUUUGUAAAGGACAAUGAAGAUAAAGCAUCAUCACAAAUAAACUUGCUUAUUGACGAUGGCCAUGAAAUUGAUACAGAACUAAAUAAUAUACCUUCAGAAGAUAAUAACAAAGUUAUCAUCAAUGAACAACAAACGUCAUUAUUAAAUAAAAAGCGAAUAAGUUAUACAGUAUGUAGAAUAUGCAUGAAUAUUGUAAGUUAUUCAAGAAUUGGAAGGCAUAUGAAGAAAAAACAUAAUAAUGCUGCUCCUUAUCAAUGUGAGAUUUGUCAUGCUGAGUUUAAUCGAAAGCAUGUCAUGGAUGACCAUAGGAGAAAACACACAAAUAAUAAACCUCACAAGUGCUCAAAAUGUUCUAAAUGUUUUACCUAUAAACAUCAUCUAAAUAGACACAUGAUGAUAGUUCAUAAUUCUGAUACAUUAGAAAAAGUAUUCAAAUGCUCUGUAUGUGAUAAAGCAUUUUCAUUUAAGGAAUAUUUAACUCUACAUAUCAAUAGCCGCCAUAAGGGUAAACAUUAUAUGUGCCAAGUUUGUGGCAAAAAUUUUUCAACCAAUGCUGCGCUGAAUAAACACCAGUUAUGCCAUACAGACGAACGACCAUUUAUGUGCGAACAUUGUGGGCGGACUUUCAAAUGUAAAACUCAUUGUGACACACACAAAAAAAAUAUGCAUCCUAAAGAUCAUGAAUUAAUAGAACCACCAGAAAAAUUUGAAUGUGAACUUUGUAAAAAACUAUUUAGUACAAAAGUAUACCGCGACAUGCAUCUUAAGCGACACAACGGUCAAGGUCAUCAAUGUGAUGUAUGUUACAAACUAUUUGUUUCCAAAGCACAUAUGAAAAGACAUAUUAAAAUAAUGCAUCGAAAUACAUAGAUAGUGAAUAAUUAUUUAGUGUUAUUUAAAUUAUA